AUGGGACUACUAAGUAUUAUCAGGAAACAGAAGCUCAGGGACAAAGAAAUUCGCUGUCUGAUUCUAGGACUAGACAAUUCGGGGAAGUCAACGAUAGUAAACAAACUAUUGCCCAAGGAUGAGCAAAAUAACGAUGGUAUAAUGCCUACUGUGGGUUUUCAAAUACAUAGUCUGAUGAUAAAAGAUGUGACAAUAUCUCUAUGGGACAUUGGGGGGCAACGCACAUUAAGGCCAUUUUGGGAUAACUAUUUUGAUAAGACACAAGCGAUGAUAUGGUGUAUAGAUGUGAGCCUUUCAAUGCGGUUUGACGAAACCUUGCAAGAACUAAAAGAAUUAAUCAAUAGAGACGAAAAUCGAAUAGGAUACGAGUGUGCUGUUAUCGUUGUGUUGAACAAGAUUGAUUUAGUGGAGGACAAGUCCGAGCUUCAUCGAAGGUGUUUACUGGUAGAGAGCGAGUUGAAGUGUCUGUUCAAGCCGGACAUCCGAAUAGAGCUCGUCAAAUGUAGUGGCGUUACCGGAGAAGGUAUUGAUAACCUGCGUGACCGUCUGGUGGAAUCCUGCCAUUUUACCCAAUAA